CCUCCCCGGAAGUCUGGUCCCUGAAUGAAGCUGUUGGUAAAAUGUGACGUCUUGUGCGAAUGUUUUUUUUUCAUGUUUUAAUGUAUCUGUAUUCUAACUUUAUCUGUGGUAGAAUAUUUCAACAAUGUAAUCGCUUGUGGGUAACCAAACGCGCUCUGCCCCGUGACGCCUGAACAAACACUUCCGUGGUUUAGGUAAACAAACAAGUAAACAUUACUAUGCAGAUUGUUUGACUGUGUUCGAAGUCCGCCUCUUGUUCGCUUACACAAGAAUUAAGAGUUUCAGCUGCACACAACCUCCACACCGUGCUCCCAAUAUGGACGGGGAGCCCAUUUCAUCCUUGUGUACUCCUGCUCUGGUGGUGGACGUGGACAAAGUGAAGAAAAAUGCCCAAAGUAUGAUUGAACGGUGUGAGAAGCUGGGAGUUCAGCUUCGUCCUCACAUGAAAACCCACAAAACUCUUGAGUGUGCUGACAUCAUGACAGGAGGUUCACGGCGGUGCAUUGUGGUUUCCACACUGGCAGAGGCCGUUUUCUAUGCCGACCAUGGAUUUGAUGACAUCCUCUAUGCUUAUUCUCUUCCUUUUGAUAAGGUGGAGCGCUGUGCCACCUUGUCCGAGCGCCUGGAGCUCUUCCAGGUUUUGCUGGACCAUCCCGAAGCUCUGGAGCAGCUCAAAAAGCGACCCCUGAGAGACGGUCGACUGUGGCAUGUGUGGUUGAAAUUGGACUGUGGCAACGGCAGAGCCGGCAUCCUCCAUUCAGACCCUGAAGCGCUCAGACUGGCGCAGGCUAUUGCCGGAACGCCGGGCGUUGAGCUAACAGGGGUGUACGCUCACUGUGGGAACACCUACAGCUGCACAGGAGUACAAGACAUCCAGGCUGUCGCGAAGGAGACCACCAGCUUCACUCUUCAGUUCAUGGAAAAAUUAAAGGCUGUUGGCAUAACCUGCAAGUCAAGCAUUGGCUCCACCCCCUCCUGCAGUCGCCCAGUCCCGGACAUGGCGCAGCUCAGCGAGGUUCACCCAGGAAACUACGUCUUUUACGACGCGCAGCAGUCUUUGAUUGGCUCAUGCAGUUUGGAAGACGUGGCGGUGCACGUUUUGACAAGAGUCAUUGGGCACUGUCCCCACAGGAACCAGCUGUUGAUUGACUGUGGAUGGACUGGUUUAAGUUUGGACGGGGCUGGCAAACUCCCAACCGGCUACGCUGUGAUUGAAGGACAUCCGAAUCUCAAGCUGCUGUCUAUGACCCAGGAGCAUGGGAGAGUGGAGCCCAUCGUGGGGAAGCUGGAUUAUAGCAAGUACCCUCUGGGCUCUCUGCUCACACUGAUCCCAUACCAUUCAUGCGCUACAGCUAUGAUGCAUCCUGUCUAUCAUGUGCACUGUCAGGGCAUUCUUCUGGGCAAGUGGACCCCAACACGUGGAUGGUGACUACAGUGUGUGUUCAUGCUGUGAUGAAAACAUCCUGGAAUAGUUCACCUGUAUGUUAAUUCACUAAUAACGGAUGGCUGUGCUCCGCCAUAGCUCUUGCAAAAUGAUUAUGUGCUACAAAAAAAUGUCUAACGAAAUGAUUAAUCUACAA